CCGAUAUAGAAAAAAGAUUAGCCCAUGUUUACGACAAAUCCAAACCCAGACACACCAAUUUAACGGCUGACUUAGAUACCGAUCUCAAAGAAUUAGAAACCAUUGAUAAAUCUAUCGGUCAAGAAAAAAUAAAAACUGAUGCGGAAAUCAAGAAACUCCAAGACGAGAAAAAGAAUCUAGAAAAUGAUAUUACAGCAAAAGAUGCCCUUAUCAAACAAAAGGACGAAGAAAUCGGCAACAAGAUUACCAAGGAUUUAGUGGAUAAAUUGGAAGCGGUUAGCAAAAUGGACUUAAAAAAACAGCCCAAAAAAAAUGCCGAUGGAACCGAUAUGAAGGAUAAAGAUGGCAAUAUCAUUUAUGAAGAAGUAGUGGAUUUAUCGCCCCUAAAAACUUUGUUGGAAGAAAUAAAGACCAAAGGAGCCAAAGUCGAUGUCAGCAGUCUUGACAGUAAAUUCAAAGAAGUAAAAGACGAG